AGCAUAUCAAGCAUAUGGUGUGUUUCACUUCUUGACUGCUGAUUUACGCCAGUUCCACUGCACGCUUUGUUGACGAAAAUGUUGGCAAGAGAGAUUGACUAACCAGUCUUGGAAUACAACGUUAAAAUGAUGAUUGGAUCGAGGACAAAAGGAUCAUGCUUAGCGUGAUUAGCGAUAUGAUAAGGUCGCCGAAUGUGGCCGGCCGAGUAGAGUCACGAUGCAGUGUGGCAGCCCACAGCAACGAGGUUCGUAAGACUGUUACUUUGAUGCUUUAAAUCCCUUGAACGUUCCUUCAGCGUUUCUUUGUUCCACUUUCCACGUCCUUCUCUUUAAAUUUCCUUUCGUUUAAGUCUUCGGACAACUGCUUUCCCUUACUUUCUUUUGCCUCACGAUGCACACACUCUCUAAGCUCUUUCUAGCUGCUCUUUCGUUGACCACCCUGGUUGGUGCUCACCAUCCGUCGCGCGCGCACUCGCGUCACCGCCGUACUGCUGGCCGUAGAACGGCUCCCAACAAAAUCUACGCAAUUCAAGACUUUUAUCAGGGGGAGGAUUUCAUCAAUGAUUGGGACUUUUUCACUGGUUCGGACCCCACCAGUGGCAAUGUCAACUACCAAAGCAAAUCGGAGGCACAGUCCAAGGGACUUGCAUACGUCAAUGACUGUGAUAAUUCGACAGUUCUUGCAGUAGAUUCAACCAGCACCGUUGCUCCCGGCGGCAACCGUGACUCUGUCCGUAUCACAUCUCAGAAGAGCUAUAACGGCGGUCUUUUUGUCAUUGACGCCUCGAACAUGCCCGUCGGCUGUUCUACAUGGCCCAGUUUCUGGACUGUUGGCCCGAACUGGCCCUCGGCGGGUGAAAUCGACAUUGUCGAGGGCGUGAAUAAUCAGGCGACAAACCAAAUGACGCUCCAUAGUGGCACGAGCCAAAGUUGUACCAUCGCAAAGUCAGGUGCUAGUGCCGAUCUGUUUACUGGCAAUGUCCUCGGGACCGACUGUUUCAGCACCGGCAAUGCGGACGCAGGCUGUGGCGUUGAGGACACGGACACAAGUUCUUUUGGAUAUGGCUUCAACAAUGCAGGGGGUGGUGUCUUUGCGCUUCUGUGGGACACCUCUUCUGGCAUGUCAGUGUGGCACUUCACUCGUUCCGAAAUCCCUGCGGAUCUUACGGCGCAAGCGCCCAACCCUUCUACUUGGAGCGCUCCAGCUGGUUUCUGGUCUGCGCAGAGUUGUGACAUUUCAGCCAACUUCUACGACCACCAGAUGGUCAUCGACACUACCAUCUGCGGCAACUGGGCAGGUGGUGCCUACUCGCAAUCCGGAUGCCCAGGAACGUGUUCAGAAAUGGUCGCCAAUGCUAGUAACUAUGCUGAUGCCCAGUGGGUUAUCAACUACGUUGCCGUCUUCCAGUGAAUAUUCGCCUUAAACCUUCAUUAUUUGCAUUGCAUUGUAUCAUACCCACAUCAUACCCUGCAUUCGUCACAGCACAUCAUCAUCUAUUCUUUUGCUUUAUUGGCAGGAUCAGUUACUGUUUGCAUAUGCUGCGCUGGUCGCUUUCUUGUUUGCUGCCCAUUACGAGAAAUCCAUGAUACAAGACCUAUGGCCUACUUACGAAUAAUUAGACUCAAAAUAUAUUGAUUGUAUGCUUGAGGCUUG